GAGUCGUCACCCGCAUCCUUCGGAGCAGAACGAAUAUGGCGUCCACUACUCGCACUAUCCAAAAGCUGCUGAACUGGGCGUCUGGGCAAGACCGGCAGGCGAAGUUGCAGCUGCGCUACCUGGAGAUCACCAAGUGGACCCAGCCACCUCCGAAGCUUCCUGUGGGCCCCAGUCACAAGCUGCCCAACAAUUACUACUGUACUCAUGAUGGCCGCCGGGAAGUUGUGCCUCCCUCUAUCAUCAUGUCCUCACAAAAUGCCCUAGUGUUGGGCAAGACAGCUGAGAGUUCUGCUGUAGCAGCCAUUGAGAAGAGGGCAAUGACACCUGCUCCUCCCAUGGAGAGGUGGGAGCUGUCCAGGGACCAGCCAUACCUGUGACCCUGACUUGACUACCUUCCUAUGUUUCCAGGGCCACAUGACUGCUUUUCCUCCUUGUAUUCCCUUAGGAGAAAGUGUGAGCUCAUUUAUAACAAAUACAUAGAGUGUCACAUUAUUUUUUUUAAAAAAAUGCUGCUAUGUAAAGGAGAACGAUAAAAACAAAAAACCAGAAGGCGAACCAGUGUCUCUUAAUAUUUUGGUCUAGCAGGCCUCCAGCCAGGACAUAGUUGCCAACAGAACUGAGGACAUAUGUGGCUUCCAGCCAAGACAGGACUAGUUGUGAAAGAGAAGAAACAGAAUUGCUAGUUUUCAAGGUCCCAGUCCCUGAACUCCCUCAGCUGUUCUUUCUCUGUUCAUAUAAGUUUGAAAUGUCUCUCUAUAACAGGGAUAAUGCCUCUAUGCGGGCAAACUUCAGGGUGAAUUUUCUAAUUGUACUGUAAGUUUUGUCUCUCUGCCGCUCAGACCUCUGUCAGACUCCAGAGCAGAGUUUUCUUUCCCUCCCCAUGUCCCCUUAGUUUUCCCUAACUUUCUGUCACCAGGAUGCUUGAAGCUUCAUAAAGUGCAGUUCCUAGAGGAACCAAUAAUGAAGACAUAUUAUUUUAAUGACUUCUCUCGACCCAGGAACAAUGCAUAUGAACCCACUAACCACACUCUUUAGCUCUUCAGACAAGCAGGCUGUGUGUUUAACCACACACCAUGCAAACAAGUUUUUGCACUUUUGCAGGCCAUCCUGUCACAUUUUCUUUGUAUCGCGUAGAUCCCUCCUAACUCCCUCCAAACAUUUACCCAUCUCAAUGAAUGGGAGGCAAAGGCAGCCACUUCAAAUUCUAAGUGAGCGUCUUCACUUUCAUAGCUGACUCCAAGUGACCGUAAUAAGGAAAGACUCUGUCUUCUUCGUAUCAUAUUUUCCCUUUUGAAAUAACAAAACGGUUUCAAAAUCUAAAGCGAAGAGUGUGUGCAUAUGUGUGUGUAUGUGUGUGUGUGCAUGUGCGUGGGCAUGUGUGUUUAAUGAGGGAAUGGAGAAGGACAGGAGGAGAGGGGAAGAGGAAUAAGGAGAACAAGGAGAGGGAGAGAUCCACCCUUGAAGACAAUCUGAGCCCCCAGAAUCCCAAGGGCUGGCUGGUUAGCCAGUCUAGCAUAUCAAUAAACUCCAGGCCAGUGGGAGAGUCUGUUUCAAAAAAAAAUAGGGUGGAGAGCAAUAGGAUAGAUACACAAUGUCCACUUCUAGCCUCCAAAGUCACCCCUCCACACACAGACACACACACACACACACACACACACACACACACAAAGUUUGUGAGCAUGGUGGUACACACCUAUAUUCCCACAACCUGAAGGAGACAGAGGCAGGAGUUUGAGGCCAGUGUGGACUUCAUAGGGAGAUCCUGUCUCAAAUGAUUUAAUGACUUUCCUAAAGAGCCAGUCUGGUUCCACUUUGGUUUUUGUCUAUUAACUGUAUUGCUUUAAUACAAUUUAUUUGUAUUGUAUUGACCUGCAAUAGGCAGCACUUGUUUAAACAUGCAAUUCACGUUUUUACGAAUGUAUAUAUCCAAGGCUCUGUCAACACAAUCAAAGAUACAGACAAGUCUACUGCCCCCUAAAUUUCCUCAUGCCUCUUUCUUUGACCGAAUUUUAAUCCAAGGAGAAUGAAUGAAGCAGCCAGCUCUUUGCUGCCUUCCCCUGCAUCAGAAAGUCAAAUUGCUGAGAAAUCUAUUUCUGAGCCUUAUUGGGCUUUUAUUUGGACAAGUUGAAUAAACGUGUGUGAUUUGUUGACAAUGCAUUCAUAAAUGAGGGCACGAGAAAUUCGUCUUCAAAUUGCAUCUUCAAAGAAAAUAUUUCUAUAGUAAACUGUCUUUGUCCCAGGAAGUAUUAGACUACUUGGAAGAUUGAAAUUGGGAAGUAAGCAAUCAUACUUUGAAAGGUCCCUAGUUUUUCACCUCUUUCAGGUUUACAGAUUUCUCUAAAGCUAAACAACAGAUUCCCGACAUAAAUACCACAGCUUCUUGCCGUCUGCCAGCAUGGGUGGUGUGAACAAAACCCUGAUGUCACUUCUUCAUCCCACCAUAUCUUAGAAUCAGUCAGCAAUUGAAUCUUACUUAGGAAUUGCUUCAUGCCAAUCUUGAUGUUCUGGAUAAAGCAAUGUCAGUGGAGUUCCGAAUACGUAGAUCAGAGGCCUUCCAUUCUGGAGGCCCUUAGCUGGAAUCCUGGGGCUGUGGAGCUGCUGCUGACUUACCCUGAGCUACUCACACUCAGUAUCCCCACUGAGAAAGUGGAAUUCAGAAAAAGCGGACCCCCAUGAAGAUAGCAGUUGUCCCUUGGUGAUAGCUGCCAUUGUGACAUGUGACUUGUUGCUUCUGGUCAUGCCACAGGCUAGAAGCGAGAGAGAAAAGCUUUGAUCUCGGUGAUGCUGAAGGACGUCUCCAGCAUGGCUGUCCAGUGAAGCUGGUCAUCAAUUUGGGAUGUUUGGAUAUCACGGGUCAACAAACAGCUCUUGCCUCAGAAAAGAAGAAAGUGGUACUCACCUGCCAGCAUCAGAUGUUCCUUCAACAACUCGGCUUUCUAGGGCUGGUGACACAGUUCAGUUCAUACAUAUUUAACAUACAUGAGGCCCUCGGUUCGAUCCUCAGCACCACAGAGAUGGGCUAUGGUAACACAUGCUCAUAAUCCCUGCAUUUGGAAAAUGGAGGACCUGAAAUUCAAAGUCGGUGACUUACUGAGUUCAAGGCCAGGCUGGGAUGCAUGAGACUAUGCCUUGAAAACAAUGAAUGCUCAGCUCCUUGAGGGUUUCAGAAGCCAACUGUAGCUGUGACCGCCUACCAUAGGAGGCCCGUGCAGUCCUCCCACAAGCUAAGGAGCAGAUACAGCCAAGUUUCCAGUGUUCCCAAUGGAGUCUGGGACAGACAAGCCCAAGAAAACAGGUUUCCUUUGAAAUAGCUCUCUUGAAAUGCUCUUACCUUGUAUAACUAUAGGCCUAAAAAAACAAAGUGCCCACCUAGGUUUAGGGGGUUUAUCCUAAUGAAACCAUCCAAAAGGCGAUAGAAAACCAGCAUAUAUGGGAAGGUAACUGCAUCUUAACUACCCUCAGGGAUUCACAGAGAGUCAUCCAGAGGUCUCACUUCCGAUAAUACUGACUGUGGUCUCUUCUACUCUCGUCCCAAUCCCUCACACCUAGCCCCCUGAAAAAUAUGUUUACGAUCCUAUCAUUUUGUUAAAUUGGGACAUUGUCAGGUGGAAACCCUAACACCUGAUUAACAUGUUAACUGCAUUCGUUGCAUGCCUUCGAUAAGGGAUUUGAUAACAGCACAUGUCAUAAUUAUAUUGUGGAAUGCAAUAGCAUGUUCCAGUGAGCUACACAUAAUUAUAUUAAAGCAGUAUUUAUGGCAAUUA